AUGUUAAACCACUUACCGGCUAUUAAGCACCUAUGUCAUUUUAUUGUAUUUUACCUGUGGAUAUGCGGUCUCUUAACAAAUGACCAGUCCUACCCUGAUAAUAAGUCUUACCCUGAUAAUGUAUCCCCCAAUAUACUAAUCAAAAUGGUCAUUUAUAGCCUUCAAAUGUUGUCUCUAUUAUCAUUACCACAAUAUUUGUGCCAAUUUCUGGGACUUAUUUUGUACGACACAUUCGCCGACCCCGUGGUCGCCCUGAAGUACAACCCACUGACCGCACCGUUCAUAUGCUUCCGAGUGGUCACUCGUGGAGACUAUCGGCAAUUGGUUCGCAAUAAUGUCAGAAAGCAUUUGAAUGUGUGCUCAGCAGUGGGUCUCCGAAAUUAUAUCGUCGAAGUGGUCACCGAAAAGGGUUUGGGUUUAGGUGACUGUAAUCACCCAAAAGUGGUUGAAACCGUACUCCCCAUUCAGUAUCGGCCUAAAAGUGGAGCUAUUUUUAAAGCACGGGUGCUUCAGUACUGUCUGGAGCGGCGACACAAUCGGUUGGCCGACAACGACUGGAUCGUCCACUUGGACGAGGAGACAGUGAUGACCGAGGCGUCCGUCUGUGGUAUUAUGAACUUCGUGUGCGACGGCACCCAUGACUUUGGACAGGGACUCAUCACGUACGCCGACCAACGCGUAGUUAACGUGUGGACCACUCUUAUGGACGCGUGUCGAGUGGCCGACGAUUUGGGGAAAAUCCGGUUUCAAUUCAAAUGCUUUCACAAACCCUUGUUUAGUUGGAAAGGCACAUAUUUUGUGUGCCGAGCGAAGGCCGAGCGCCGGCUAUCCUUCGAUCACGGGUUGGAGGGCUCGGUCGCCGAGGACUGCUAUUUCGCGGUCAACGCCUACCGCACCGGCCGUACGUUCGACUGGAUCGAGGGUCCGAUGUGGGAGGAGUCGCCGUUCACGAUCACCGACUACAUCCGGCAAAGGACACGCUGGAUGCAGGGCAUACACCUGGUGGUCCACUCGCCUAACCUACCAUGGAGGUACAAGGUGUUUGUGGCCAUGUCGCAUUACGCCUGGAUCACGUCCAUGCCGACUAAAAUGUUGUUUUUUGUAUUUUACUUCAAACCGCAUUAUUUUAAUUACGAGAUGUCCGUGGUGAGUGGGUUCGUAAAUGCGGUCACUUUGUACAUGUUCAUUUUCGGCGCGUUCAAGUCGUUUAGUGUUAAGAUAAUAGGCGCCAAACGCUAUGUGUUAUACGUUUUGGCCUGUGUAUUAGCGGCACCCAUGAGCCUGAUUGCCGAGACAAUAGCCGUGUGUUUGUGUUUCACCACAAAUAAGUAUACGUUUUAUGUAGUUAAAAAACAAAUUGCACCACGCCGAACAAAAUUUAAAAAAUAA